AUGUGGACCGUUGCUCUCAUUUUUUGUUUGGCAAAUAUUCCCAUAGGAGGAGAGGCCAGUGAUCAGCAUUCAGAACCUUUCUCUGUAUUUGAACUCACUGAAACUGCCUCCCCGGGUCUCUUAAUACCGGAAAAACAGAAACCCAACAGCUCAAUUCAUCCACCUCAAGUAGGGCAACAAACACCUAACCAUCCCAUGUGCUUGGAGUCCGCUGGAAUCAGAGACGUCUUCAAAUAUGUCCAUACUGUGGUCUCUGUUGUCGUUUUUGUUGUCGGAAUAAUGGGAAACGCAGCCUUACUGAAGAUCAUAUAUGUGAACAAAUGCAUGAGAAGUGGACCAAACAUUCUCAUUGCGAGUCUUGCUUUGGGGGAUCUGAUCCACAUUGUGAUCGACAUUCCAAUCAACGCAUACAGGCUCAUGGCAGAAGAUUGGCCAUUUGGUUUGUUGCUGUGCAAACUUGUCCCUUUCAUACAGAAAACCUCUGUUGGAAUUACUGUGUUGAGCUUAUGUGCUUUGAGUGUUGACAGAUACCGAGCUGUAGUAUCCUGGAAUCGAAUCAAAGGCAUCAGGGUUCCAGUGUGGACAGCAAUAGAAAUAUCUCUGAUAUGGGUUAUUUCUAUCCUGCUGGCUCUGCCUGAAGUUGUCGGCUUUGACAUGAUAACAAUGGACUAUAAAGACAAGCAUCUGAGGAUAUGUCUGCUUCAUCCCAUACAAACCACUCCGUUCAUGCAGUUUUAUAAAUCAGUAAAGGACUGGUGGCUGUUUGGCUUCUAUUUUUGCAUGCCACUGGCUUGGACUGCCGUCUUCUACACACUCAUGACCAGGAAAAUGCUGAGGAACACUGAUAACACAUUGAGCGACCACACCAAGCAGAGACGAGAAGUCGCAAAAACCGUCUUCUGCCUGGUGCUUGUCUUUGCACUUUGUUGGUUACCUCUAUACCUCAGCAGAAUCUUGAAAUCAACCAUGUAUGAUGAGAAAGAUCCUAAACGGUGUCAGCUACUAAGUGUCUUUCUUGUGAUGGACUAUUUUGGCAUUAAUAUGGCGUCACUCAACUCGUGCAUCAACCCUAUUGCAUUGUACACAGUCAGCAAGAGAUUUAAAAGAUGUUUCAAGGCGUGUCUGUGCAGUUGGUGUGUACCUCUCCAAGCGGUUUCCCAUGAGGAGUCUGUUUUGAAGUCCAGAAUGCAGGAUCAAGCCUCAGAGCAGAGCUGCAACAUCAAAGCUCACGAGCCGACUUCCACACCCUCUACCUGA